AUGGUCCGGGGCGCGCUCGGGACGUGGACUGGCGAGGAGUUGAGGCACAACUCGGCUAAGGGGCCUGUUUCGCAUACUGGAGGACGAGUCGUAGAACGCUCCGAGGAAGUAGGGGGUGAUAAUACCGCUUAUGGUUGGGAGCGCGGUUGGGACUACUUCGCCGGCGCGCGGCGCAUUUUCUUCCUCGUGGUGGACGACCUCGGCCUAGAGUCGCUCGACAACACGGCUAGCCGCCCCGUAGUGAAGCUCGUCUGCGAUGAAUUUUCGUCGUCAUCUCGAGACGACGACGGAGGAAGGACGGUAGGCUUUGACGAGGAAAAAAGAGGAGUCGGGCUAUUCCGUUGGUUCUUGGGAAGACGGCGUCAUGGGUCACGAGGAGAAUGACG